CUGUUCACCCCCUUCACUUCCACAUGACGCCAUUUACAGCAUAAACCCGACCUCCUCUCCGGAAAGAAGAAAAAAACAAGAGCUGAAAAACUUGAAAGCAGCACAGUGUGUGCCAUGCAGCCAAACAUUCAACUUGGGAACCGCAACGCUUCUUCUUGAAAAAGUCUUCAGCGUUUUCAUUCUUAUUUUUCUAUAAACUCUGCUCAUUUUGUUGGAUUCUGGAACUUAUUUUCUUUUUGGCAUAAUUCGCGGUUUAACAGCACAAGUUAAACUACAUUACGUUCUACUUGGAAUAAAAUUCUGACGUUAUUGUUUCGCGCGAGUUGCGCGAAAAAAAAUACGCGAAUACGAGGACGCGCAAGUGUUUGCGUUCAUCUGGAUUUUUGUGAAUGAAUCUCCCAAUGAACUGAGGAAUAACCAAAGAGAAAUUCCUACUAGUAGGAUAUACUCUUCACAACACAAAUAGGGGGUUGAGGUGGUGAGAUCACGGACUUCAGAUGUGUUCAAUGCCAGCCGGAGGGUUCCCACUUCAGAGUAAAGAUGGACACGAGAGCUCAAAAUGGCGGCGGCAGCGGCUCCUCUGGCUUGCUGCGAGCUUUGCGUGACAGUGGCAGACCCCAAACUGGGGACUCGGAGCCUUGGGAUGCUCAGGUGCUCUCCCUGGACCAGAUCAGGACCAUCCGCAGCAGCAAUGAGUACACGGAGGGCCCGACGGUGACACCCCGGCCACCGGCCUCCCAGCAGAAAGUGGACUCGCAACCUUCCAGCCUGAAUUCCACCUCCUCCAUUGAGCUCUCUGAGCAUAGAAACUCCCCGAGAGCCCAGCGAGCUGGACAGCAGUCUCCUCAACAAGCCCCUCAGUCACCGAGGAGUGACCUGAGCAGAUCCGCCAGUGGACCCAGUGAUGGCUCGCACAGUACCGCCAGGGCCAGCACAGGCAGCACUUCAUCGGAGCAAAGACUUUUGGGAAACACAGGCGGGGUGGGCGAUCGGGUGGUGAGAGUGCAGCCUAAACGGCCAGAGCCGAAGCAGGACGAACUGAAACCCUUCGUGCCGGCCGGAGGCCAGGCCGCUGACGGAAAGCACUUGAAUCGCUGCGAGGACUGCGGCCGCUGCAAGUGCAAAGGAUGCACCUGCCCUCGGACCCUGCCCUCCUGUUGGAUGUGUGGGCGCAGGUGCCUUUGCUCGGCGACGACGACAAUGGACUAUGUCACCUGUGUCUGCUGCGUCAAAGGUCUCUUCUACCACUGCUCCAGCGAUGAUGAGGAUGUGUGUGCGGACAAGCCGUUCUCUUGCAGCCAGUCGCAUUGCUGCAUGCGGUGGUCGGCCAUAAGCGUCCUGGCAAUUUUCCUGCCCUGCCUGCUUUGCUACCUCCCGGCGAAGGGCUGCGUGGCAUUGUGCCAGGCAUGCUACGACUGCACCAGUCGGCCAGGAUGCCGCUGCAAGAACAAAGGAGUUGACGAGGCUCGUUUCCUGGAGUAGCCCUGGGAAGAUAACCUUAUCUGGGACUAUCUCCAUAGCAGUGGAACAAUUUUCGCAAAUUGUUGUAGUUUUGGCACUGUAGACCAAGAGGUGACAUUGGAUUGGCAAAAACUGGUUUGAAGUGGUUUGCUUGUUCGUAUGUAUGUUUGUUUGUUUGU